AUGGCAUUGAAAACUCUAUCUUCUCUCUUCACGUUUACUUUCCUCCUCAACCUCCUUUCUCUCCUCUCUUAUGCAGCUUCAUCAUUAGAACCUCACAACAAAAACUCAUCAGCAUUUGAAUUCCUAGACCAUCUUAAGGGGGUUCACAAGGGUGACCACAUCCAAGGCAUUCAUGACCUCAAACUAUACCUCGAAAAAUUUGGAUACUUAAGCUAUGCCCAUGCAAAGCACAACCCUCAUGCCGAUGAUGAUGAUUUCGACGACUUCUUAGAGUUUGCCGUCAAGACAUAUCAACUCAAUUACCACCUCAAGACCACCGGAACAUUGGAUGCCAAAACGGUGUCAAAGAUGAUGAUGCCUCGCUGUGGUGUGGCGGAUAUCAUCAAUGGUGCCACCUCAAUGCAAUCGGGAAAGAAAAAGGACCGCGGUCACAACCACGAUCAUGAUUCCAAUGUUUUUGGAGUAUCUCACUAUUCUUUCUUCAAGGGAAAGCUAAAAUGGCCUCGUUCUAAGCACCAUCUAACAUAUGCAUUUCUUCCUACCACCCCAACCGAAGCCAUGGGGCCGAUUUCACGGGCUUUUCGAACAUGGGCCACCAACACACACUUUAGGUUUAGCCGGUCGCAAAACUAUAAGCGGGCUGACAUAAAGAUUAGCUUCGAAUAUGGUGAUCAUGGAGAUGGGAGCUCCUUUGAUGGGCCUGGUGGGGUUUUAGCCCAUGCUUAUGCUCCAACAUAUGGGAAAUUCCAUUAUGAUGCCGAGGAGCCUUGGUCUGUGGGUGCUUUGGAAGGUUAUUAUGACUUGGAAACUGUGGCUUUGCAUGAAAUUGGUCACCUUCUGGGACUUGGGCAUAGCUCAGUUGAGGGAGCUGUGAUGUACCCCUACAUAGCUUCUGGAGCCACCAACCUGUAUUUGCAUGACGACGAUAUUCAAGGAAUUAAAGUUUUAUACAAGUCUUGACGAGGAGUGUGUGUGAAACAACAUGACACUUGGUGUAUCGGAUGCUUUUAAUAAUUUUUUUGUGAAGGCAAAAUCAAUUGUAGCUUUUACAUAUCAAGUUUAGUGAAAGUCAAUAUUUUUCCUUCA